AUGAUGGAAAAUUGUCCUUUGAAGAAUUCAAAGCAUAUUUUGCAGAUGGUGUUCUGAGUGGAGAAGAAUUACAUGAGCUCUUCCAUACCAUUGAUACACAUAAUACCAACAAUCUUGACACAGAAGAACUCUGUGAAUAUUUUUCCCAGCACUUGGGUGAAUAUGAGAAUGUGCUAGCAGCACUUGAAGACCUAAAUCUUUCCAUCCUGAAGGCAAUGGGCAAAACAAAAAAAGACUACCAGGAGGCUUCCAAUUUGGAACAAUUUGUAACUCGAUUUUUAUUGAAGGAGACCUUGAAUCAGCUGCAGUCUCUCCAGAAUUCUCUGGAAUGUGCCAUGGAAACUACUGAGGAGCAAACCCGUCAAGAAAGGCAAGGGCCGACCAAGCCAGAAGUCCUGUUGAUUCAGUGGCCUGGAAAGCGAUCCAGUCGCCGAGUCCAGAGACACAACAGCUUCUCCCCUAAAAGCCCUCAGUUUAGUGCCUGUGGUCCAGGCUUAUUAGAAGAAGAUAACCAGUGGAUGACCCAGAUCAAUAGACUCCAGAAAUUAAUUGAUCGACUGGAAAAGAAGGAUCUCAAACUUGAACCACGGGAAGAAGAAGUUAUUGAAGGGAAUACUAAAUCUCACAUCAUGCUUGUCCAGCGUCAGAUGUCUGUGAUAGAAGAGGACUUGGAAGAGUUCCAGCUUGCUCUGAAGCACUAUGUCGAGAGCGCUUCCUCCCAGAGUGGAUGUUUGCGUAUUUCCAUACAGAAGCUUUCCAAUGAAUCUCGGUACAUAAUUUAUGAGUUUUGGGAGAACAGCAGUGUGUGGAAUAGCCACCUGCAGACGAAUUAUAGCAAGACAUUCCAAAGAAGCAACGUGGAUUUCUUGGAAACUCCAGAACUCACAUCUACUAUGCUAGUUCCUGCUUCAUGGUGGAUCCUGAACAACUAGAUGUUCCUACACAUUUUCUUUAUGGUUCCAAGUGCAAAACAAGUAUUCUUAUCUAAAAUGUGAAUUAGAAAAUUCUCUGCAGUUACUAAUCUACUCUAUACUUUUGUUUAAUAUAUUUAAGAUGUGCACUCUUCUAAAAUGUCUUCUAUCUUUCAUGUGAAGUUUAGCUAAAUUUUUGAAGUUCACUAUUCUCAAUUUUUGCUGUUUUGCUACAUUGUAACCUAAAACCCUUUAGUGGCAAAAUCCUAAUAUGUGAAAAAAAGUACACAUAAAGGAAAAAAAUUGUGAAAAAGAAAUGAUAAAAAAGAAGUGGAAACUUUUAGAGUAUCACUGCAUAGGAUAUAGCUUUUGUAGAUUUGUCAUAAACUAUCAAGGUUAAAUCAGUGUUUUGUCAUUUUUAAGUAACUGAUUUUCUGUGAAUGAAGUUUAUUCUUUGGUAGUGCUCACUCCAUUCCCAACUCA